AAACCUCCCUCAUACUUUGAUAGCAGAGACAUCUGAUCUGCAAAACCCAAAACUCACAAAUAUGGUUGAGAAUGGUGCCGUGUUCUAAUCGUUACUUGUGUUAUCCUCAACAUUUAUAAUCCUCACCUGUUUAUUUAUUUACUUAUUCCCCUUUUUUGCAACCCCGUAUUUAAAUUUUAAUUUAAUUAAAGUUUCACUUGUCUGUCUGCUCAGCUUUUUUAUAGAUUUCAGUCACUGAAACUCAUAAUCUUCUCUGUGCCUCUGAUCUGAUCCCAAUUUCGGUUUUCCGACUUCUUCCACGAUCACGGCCACCAUGCCUGGUUUGGUAUCCGUUAAAACGCCACCGGACGCUACUCCGCUUCGAAUCGCAGUGCCGGAAGCUCAAACUCCACAGAGAUCUGACUCCUCUAACGUCAAAACACCGUCUCCACUUCCCAAGAGACCACCUUCUCCGUCACCUUCCCGUGCCAAACCCUCGCCGGAUCGCAAAAAGAAGCUCCUUGAUUCCCCUAAUCCAGCUCUUUCCGAGGCUUCCCUUGACAACCCCGAUCUCGGUCCUUUCCUUCUCAAGCUCGCCCGAGAUACUAUCGCCUCCGGCGAAGGUCCUGCCAAGGCUCUUGACUAUGCCAUUCGGGCUUCCAAAUCUUUCGAGCGAUGUGCGGUCGAAGGGGAGCCCAGCUUGGACCUUGCCAUGAGUUUGCACGUCCUGGCAGCUAUAUACUGUAGCUUAAGCAGGUUUGAGGAGGCCGUGCCGGUGCUCGAGCGGGCGAUCCAGGUUCCCGACGUCGCCAGGGGUGCGGAUCACGCUCUUGCUGCUUUCUCUGGUUAUAUGCAAUUGGGGGAUACCUUCUCUAUGCUUGGGCAAGUCGACAAGUCGAUCUCAUGCUAUGACGAAGGCCUGAAAAUUCAGAUCGAAGCAUUGGGUGAGACGGAUCCAAGAGUCGGAGAAACUUGCAGAUACUUAGCUGAGGCCAACGUUCAAGCAAUGCAGUUUGAUAAAGCAGAGGAACUGUGCAAAAAAACUCUUGAGAUUCACCGAGCACACAGUGAACCUGCAUCUCUUGAAGAAGCAGCAGAUAGAAGGCUUAUAGCACUUGUAUGCGAGGCAAAGGGAGAUUAUGAGUCAGCUCUUGAGCACCUUGUCCUUGCCAGCAUGGCAAUGAUUGCAAAUGGACAAGACAAUGAAGUUGCUUCCAUUGAUGUCAGUAUUGGGAACAUCUAUAUGUCUCUUUGUCGCUUUGAUGAAGCUAUCUUCUCCUACCAGAAGGCCCUUACUGUCUUCAAAUCAUCAAAGGGGGAAAACCAUCCUUCAGUGGCAUCUGUUUUUGUACGCCUUGCUGAUUUGUAUCACAGAACUGGAAAAUUAAGAGAGUCCAAAUCCUAUUGUGAAAAUGCUCUAAGAAUAUAUUCAAAACCUGUUCCUGGAACGACACCAGAAGAGAUAGCUACUGGGUUGACAGAAGUUUCAGCCAUUGAAUCUGUGGAUGAGCCAGAAGAGGCUCUGAAACUCCUGCAAAAGGCAAUGAAAUUAUUGGAGGAUAAGCCAGGGCAGCAGAGCACAAUUGCUGGCAUAGAAGCACGAAUGGGUGUGAUGUUUUACAUGAUUGGGAGGUAUGAAGAAGCAAGGAACUCUUUUGAGAGUGCUGUGGCAAAACUUAGAGCCAGUGGGGAAAGGAAGUCUGCCUUUUUUGGGGUUGUUUUGAACCAGAUGGGAUUGGCAUGUGUACAACUAUUCAAGAUAGAUGAGGCUGCUGAACUAUUUGAAGAAGCUAGGGCAAUUCUUGAACAGGAGUGUGGUCCAUGCCAUCAAGAUACUCUUGGUGUAUAUAGCAAUCUUGCUGCAACUUAUGAUGCUAUGGGAAGAGUGGGAGAUGCAAUUGAGAUCUUGGAGUAUGUCCUUAAAUUGAGGGAAGAAAAGCUAGGAAUAGCAAAUCCUGAUUUUGAGGAUGAGAAGCGAAGGCUGGCUGAGCUUCUGAAAGAAGCAGGCAAGACACGAGACAGGAAAGCGAAAUCUCUGGAAAAUCUCAUCGAUCCCAGCUCAAAGAGGACAAGGAAGGAAGGGGCAAAGAGGUGGCCAGGCUUGGGUUUUAGAAUUUAAACUAGAUUUUCACACCUAUAUAUCCAAUGCACGUUCUGUAACAUAGAAUAUCUUGUAUAGGUUUAAAGAUGUAAUCUGGGAGCUUUCCUGUUUCUUGUUCUUUGGUGCAUUUGUUUUUCUUGGUUCAUUGUUUAAUCAAAUGAUUGUGUUGUGACCUUGUAGCUGUACCACAGAAUCCCUCCGCUGUUCUCCUUUCUGGCAAGAAAAAUGUUGGAGAGAAUUUUUAUUCGAGUGAAUAAGCUGAUAAGGGCCUGUUUUAUUCUCUA